AUGAGUAAAUCAUUACUAUAGUCACAUAUCAAACCAUAGCAUCGAAAGAUUAUUUCCCAAUAGCAAAGCAGCAGACCAUCGAGAUUCUUCGAUAAGAUGUCCUUAUUUACAAAGCAUAGGAUACCAUUAGUGGAGGAAAUUCCAUAACUAAGCGAACGAUAAUCAAGAAGAUUGAAAAAAUACUUUUCAACAGCAAUAAGAAAUUCCAGCUGCGAUUGUAUUGAUUGUGGUAAGAACAAUCCAUUUAUGAAAAAGACUUUCCAGUUAUUUCCCUUUGAAAGCAAGUAAAUUGAUUAAUAUUAAACUAAUUAGCUUUAAUCGAAGGAAGAGACUAUACAAAAAGUUCAGGAAAUAUGCUCAUUGUGUGUUAUUCCUGAUUAGAUAUAAAAUCGUAUAAAAAAUAAGAGAUCGACAAAGGAAUAAAAUGAAGAAAGCCAUCAAUUAGAAUGUGCAUAUCCAUAAACCCUCUGCUGUAGCCAAUUUGCUUGCCGAGGGCAUUAAGUAUUUGUUAAUGUUUGAAUUCAAGGUAAUUGAAACAACAACAACAUCAUGUUGAAGUGUUACCUGAACAUGAUUCGGAUGAAGAGUUUUAUCAAUUCAAACCAAAGAUGAAUCAGAAUCGUAAAUCAUUUGCUCAUUUCCUUUCUUCGCCUAAGGAAUUAAAAAAGUUGGAAAGAGUCUACUAUGUGAAAUAAGCCAAUAGACCUAUUAGUUAAUAUAUUGCAAACCGUUCCAAACCCAACUCCACUUAAUGUUCUCCAAAAUCUAUCUUACCAUAACUGAGUUCAUUGUAUGAUUUCAGAAACUCAAUCUCAGUCAGACAAUUGAAAAAAUUCUGA